CCCGUCGUCGAGGGGCGGCGCUGAGUCGGCUGACGAGCGUCGCGUAGGCGGGUACGAGGCCGGGACAGACGGACUCACCGACAGCUGGGACGCGCGGAGGGGCGAGCGCGGGGCCGCCGGCCGAGUGGACGCAGGGUCUCUCCUGGAACACUGUUCACGAGCAGGUCGCUGACAGUCAAGCAUGGCGAGCAAGGGGCCCUCAGCCUCUGCAUCCCCCGAGAACUCCAGUGCCGGGGGUCCCAGCGGCAACGGCGCCGGCGAGAGUGGAGGGCAGGACAGCACCUUCGAGUGUAACAUCUGCCUGGACACAGCCAAGGACGCCGUCAUCAGCCUCUGCGGCCACCUCUUCUGUUGGCCGUGUUUGCAUCAGUGGUUAGAAACCAGACCCAACAGACAGGUGUGUCCAGUUUGCAAAGCCGGCAUCAGCAGAGACAAGGUCAUCCCACUCUACGGCAGGGGCAGCACCGGGCAGCAGGACCCCAGAGAGAAGACCCCACCCCGUCCUCAAGGACAAAGGCCAGAACCAGAGAACAGAGGGGGAUUUCAAGGAUUUGGGUUUGGAGACGGUGGCUUCCAGAUGUCUUUUGGAAUCGGGGCAUUUCCAUUUGGAAUAUUUGCCACAGCAUUUAACAUAAAUGACGGACGGCCCCCUCCAGCUGUCCCGGGAACUCCCCAGUAUGUGGACGAGCAGUUCCUCUCGCGUCUCUUCCUGUUUGUGGCCCUGGUCAUCAUGUUCUGGCUCCUGAUUGCCUAGGUGCCGGGCUCCCGUCUGCAGCUGGCAGGGCCUCUGGACUGACAGCACUUCCCCGCUCUGUGACUUCCUGGCUCACUCUGACCCCUGGAACCGGCGGGGUCAGUCACACCUUCGGGUUCUGAGUUCUCCAUCAGCACUCGGGGACUUGGGGCCGGCUGGUGAGGACCCCGGUGUGUGACCACUGCUGUGAACACCCCACUCUAACCUCAGGCGUUGUGUUUUCUCUCAUGGGGGACACCGAGGAGUCCUGUCGGAGCGGGUCCUGACUGCACAGGGAAGAGGCAGGAAGAGAACCGUCAGGGUGUAGUUGUGUCUGAAUUUAAUGUCCCAGAGACAAAGGGAUGAACCCAAGCGACGCUCAUGAAAACUGUCUCAUCUCUUCAGACGCUCCUUGGCAGACUGCUUCCACUGUGGGGUGGGCGUCCUGUGUAGCAAGUCCCCUCUCCAGCCCCAGAGCUGUGCCGUGCUGUCCUCAGCAGAAGCAAGGCGACCGCGGCAUCUGAAGCUCUCCCGGGUCACUCUGACACCACCAGAGACCUCUUACUGACUGGGCAGUGCUCGGUGUCAGCCCCCAGAGAGGUCUGAAUGGCCUCCAGGCUUCCUGGCACAGAUUGUGCCCAGAGGCACAUGGCUUCCUUCAUAGGCCUCCCUGUCCCCCAAAUCUGUCUGCCUGUGUGUCUGUCAGGAGGCAUUCAGCUGACGCCUGGACCGGCUGCUGUGCCUCAGUGAGGACCCAGGGGCGUGGCUCCUGGGCUCAGAGUGUUCAUGUGAAACAGCCAGGCAGGAGCCGGGUCUGCCCUCCCCAGACCUGCCCCAGAAGCCGGCAGCCCAGCCGCCUGCUGCAGACCCUGCCUCAGGCCGAGCUGUCCGUCAGGAGGAGCCUGGCGGUGGGAAGACCCACAUGCACCCUGUGUUUGGACGGUUUGGUGGAUUCCCCUGGAUGACAUCUUGUCUGUGUGCACAAGCCAGGGCCGUGUGUGACUAGAGUAGGCGGCCCCUGCGGACUCCCCACCAGCUCCAGGGCCCCACUGCUGGCUCCCCACAGCAGUCAGUCACCAGGCCAGUGGUAGAAAGCCCCAUCGAGCUUCCCCAGCUGUGGCUCUGCUACAUGCGGAAACCAGAAGCUUGACAGAGGAGGGGUGUCCUGCUCACAGCCCCCCCACCCACCCCUUUGCACCAGUCAAUGCCAGAGUUCAGUGUUUAAACAGACAAAACACGAGUAUUGAACAGGUGGUUUGUCUGCUCAAUUCAUUUGGUAGGAACAAGCCGCCAGCUUUCUGUGGGCCUGGUGGACUUGGAACAUUCUGAUCACCAUUGAAAAUCCCCAGUAAGGGAAGGGCCCUGGGGUUCUCAGCAGAAGAGGAUUCGUGGGCUCCCUUUGUGCAGUGGCCCCACCUUGUGGGAGAGAGGACCUGAGUCCCGUGGGCCCCACAGAAAUGGGUUUCCAGCAGAAAGUCUCAAGGAGAGGGGCUGUGGGUAGGAAGCAGGUGUUUGCACUGUUGGGACGACUGAAGGGCUCUGCCACCAGAGAGGCCCCGGGCUCCUGCUCACCCGGCCGGGCUGCCCGUGCCCUUUGAUGUCCGGCCUGCCAGGUGCUCUUCCGCCCUCUGCCAGCAGCUGAGGCAGGGACCCUUUGGGGCUGCUGGCCCAGCCCCUCAGGACCACCCUCCCGCGGCCCUCUGCCUGCAGUCUCCCAUUUUUAUUCUCUUGUCCUCUGCCCUCUCCUGUCACCUUGUGGGGUAGGACCAGGUUCCAGCCAGUCGGGAAAGCCUCACCAUGUACAGUGGCACACCUUGACCGCUCACUAAUUUUCACUGUUGUGAAAGUGAUUCGAUUUAGAAUUAAACAAAUGGUUUUACAUUA